ACAUAUUUUUUAUGCUAUAGUAAAAGUUAUAAACAUAGAAAAUGCCUUUGAAGUUAAGACGUGGUGGUCGUGAUGCUGUUGACAAAAUGCUUACAGCCCAUAUUAAGCUGUUGGAUAACACUGUUAUUGACAUAAAUGUACCCUUGAAUGCAAAAGGAAGGGAUUGUUUGCAGAAGAUUGGACAGCUGACUGGAUUACAUGAGACUGACUUCUUUGGACUUCAAUUCCUGACAAAAAAAGAAAAGCUUCGUUGGAUUGACUUGGACAAGCCGCUAAAGAAGCAACUUGAUAGAUAUUCUGCACGUCGUGGAAGAACUGCGCUCCUGGUGUUUAAAGUUCAAUACUUUGUUGUAAAUAUUCAUGCUCUUCGACAAGAAAUUACCAGGUAUUUGUAUUACCUUCAACUGAAGACUCUGAUACUAAAUGGAAAACUAAAGUGCAAAUUACAUGAAGCCCUGAAGCUGGGAUCCUUUGCUAUGCAAGCUGAACUUGGAGGUUAUGACCCUGAGAUACAUUCAUUGAGUUUUUUAUCAGACUUUCUUCUGCUACCAACAUAUUUGACUGAAAAUGAGAAUGUUGAUGAGUUGCACAAAGAGAUUGCGUUGUUGUACAAAGAAAACAGUGGAUUGUCUGUUAGCAGUGCUGAGAAGGCUUAUAUUCAACUUUGUCAGCAACUUGAUGGAUAUGGGGUGGAGUUUUUUAAUGCCAAAGAUAAGGAUGGCAUCGAAAUUGAGAUUGGUGCAUGCUAUGAUGGAAUUAAAAUCCUGUACACCAACAGAGAAAAACCGAAUAUAUUAUUUCGAUGGCAAGACAUUGGUAACAUGGCGUUCAACCGACAGCAAUUUGUUGUAUUGAAUACGAAGUCAAAUCAGAAUUUGACUGCCCAAAUGGAAGAUCUUGAGUCAUCAAAAUAUCUAUGGAAACUUUGUGUCAGCCAGCAUCAGUUUUUUAGAUUAUCACAUAAUACAAUUGGAAAGUCAGCUUUUAGAACACAAAAUGAAGUCUCCACUGACCCAAACCUCUUUAUAAAAAUACAACAAACUCCUGGUAUAAGCAGACGAAUGACACUCACCAAACGACAAAUGAAGAAAACCCAAAAAUUUUCUGCUAGAUCAAGUGGAAGUAGCAAUGGACGUAAUGAACAAGGUGUGGAGAACAGUGUGUCAAAUUCUUUAGUUGACGAUUCUGUCGAUGAAACAGAAUUUUUACAUCGCUAUGAAGAUAUAUGUCGAUUAGCAAGAGAAAGGAGGGGAAGUUCAACCACAACCACGUCAAGAGGGAGCACUCCUGCGUCGAGUGAAUAUAACACUUCUGACUCCGAUUCGGAAGUUGAUUUUCGACAGUUUUCUGUACAACCUGUUGCUCCACAAGCUAAUGGUUCAUCAGGUUAUCGUCCGGUCUCACUUAUCUUCACCCGGCUGAGUAAAAUCGGAAUGCAACAUAGAGAUGAAUUACUUCGUCAUUUGGAAGGACUUCGUGAUGAUAACCAGCUUGAUUCGGAAUAUGGAGAAAUUUUCAUGAAGAAAGCUGAAUCUGAUUGUUCUACUGCGAUUGAAAACAUGGUGGCUAAUCGUUCUGAUGCAGUGUUACCGUAUGAAGACAAUCGUGUACUACUCAAUCCGAACAACAAUUAUGAAGCAACUAACUAUAUAAACGCAAGUCCAAUCCACAUGAACAUAGGAAAGGAUCAGCUAGCAUUUGUCGUAGCACAAUCUCCACUGAAGGAGACCACUAACAAUUUUUGGCAAAUGAUCUGGGAAAAGAAUAUAUGCGUGGUUGCCAUGGUUUCCAAAGAAGUGGAAGGAGAAAUUUCGAAAUGCUGGAGGUACUGGCCUGAUGACCAUAACAAUUCUAACGUUACCUUUGGACAGAUCAGUGUCAAAACAAAUUUCAACAAUUUUUUCGCCGCUUAUUCCAUUCGAAGUCUCCAGAUACAACACGUUGCAAGUAAACAGAGUCGUACAGUUUUUCAAAUUCAGUAUAUACAAUGGCCUGAAGACGGUGGUGUACCGAUGUGGACGAAACCAUUUAUUGAAUUUCUUGAGGAGAUCCACUCCUUACGUAAAGCUUCUGCCGAGAUGAACGGACAUCUUGAGGAACAAGAGACGUUGAUACAUUGCGAAGAUGGCGGAGGGAGAAGUGGAGUGGUAAUAUUAGCUGAAAUGUUAUUGGGUAUGAUCGAGCAUAAUGAGACGUUAGAUGUACCCAUGACGCUGGCGAAAUUGCGCUCACAAAGAAUGAAUCUAGUCUCUUCUGUAGACCAAUAUCGCUUCGUUUACCAGUUAUUAAUAGAUUAUUUAAAACGUAACAGGUUAAUUUAACAUUAGGUUAAGCGUCAACCGUGGUGUUGUAUCUUCAACAUUGACCAUGUUAUGUUCUGUCAAUUGGGAAUCCUAUUUAUAUAUACACAUAUUUCAUUUAUAUAUUUUUAUAUAUUAUUUGGUCUCGUUUAAUUGUAAAAUAUUACUGUUGCGUCAUUGAGCCUUAAAUGUUUAAUUCUGAUUAGUUAUAAAGAAUUAACUGGUGAUUGGUUGAAACACGACUCGAGCAUCUAACCCUUUACAAAAGUUCUCAAGCUGGCCCAUGAUUGAAUGGGAUAAUCGUAUUCUGAUUGGCUGACAGCGCCUAUUUCGCCAGACGCCACGAAUCUUAAUUUUCUGUUUGUGAUGGAAUAUUCCUCCUCACGUAAAGCGAUGUUUUUUUUUUAUUAAUUUGAGUUGCUUUCAAAUUUUAAUUUAUAGUUUUUGCUUUAUGUGGUCUUGUUUUUUCACAGCAUGCUUAAUUUUUAACUAUGCACGAACCUCUCAUACACUAAUAUUUCUUUUCCCUUUCAAAGAAGAUAUUUAAAAUGUGGAUUCGCCACCAGGUCCAAAAAUUGACUAAAGUUAAAUUAUGAACUCAUUUAGAAGGUGUAUAUUUUUACUUUUAAUUUGAUUGGUGCAUAUGGUGAGAGAAAUCUCUUAAAGUUUGGGAGGUCUAUAGAAAGUUGUUUGUAAAUAACUCAAGCAACUAUUCCAGCAAAUAAAAAAAUCAAAUCUAAAUAUAGAUUUAUUGUUUGUUUGUUUUCACUUUAAGCUGUAUAAAUUUCGUGUAAUUUAUAGUAUUUUUUCUCUUUUAAUAUGUAAACAGUUUUUAUAUACAUUUAAAUUUUAAAAAUAUGAUUUUUUUUUUUAAUUCAGAAUUUGUUUUAUAGUGCUAAAUUUUUUGGGUCGGGAAAAUGAGAAGGCCUGGCUGUAUUUUUAUUUAACUUUCUUGAAGGAAGAAACUAUCUUUUUUGCUAUGGUCUACUUUUUUUUGACGUAUACGAAAAGUCGUUAUACAACGCCAAAUAAACCUUGGACGAACAUGUGUAACAACGUAGUAGUCAUAGCUGGCACCUAUGGUGUAUGUGGUGCUGAAUUAUAUGAUUUAGAUUUGUAUUUCAUAUCUGUUUAUAGAAUUGAGAUGGUUUUUCUUUUUUUAUUGAUUUUAUUUAUUAAAACCUGGAUUACAAAUAAUGCGAUUAUAAAUUAAGAUGAAUGAUGUGAAAUAUGUCAUCGAACUUGUAUUUUUCCUAGUUUGUUUUUUUAGAAUAUUAAUAAAAAUGA